AUGCUGCAACGUCAAAGUAUUACUUUUAUAUUUUUCCUCAUUUUGGGUUCAACUUCCUCACAAUAUUUCGGUCUGAUUAAACUCAUCAAACGAAUUCAAAAUCAAUGUGAUUCAUCAACUAUUUCUUUCGUCAACUUUAAUGGAAAUUUUCUAUCAAUUUUCUCGCAAGAAAAUCCCAAAAUACCAGUUUACAUUUUAAACAACUUGGAAAUUGAAUACGAUAAAUUCCCUAACGUCAUUUUGGUAAUUCAAGUUCUUGAGAAUGAAUCCAUCCAGAAUGAUAAAGUUUUAGAAAAAAUUAUCCCUAAACUUCGAGUUCGUAAAUGUGUAAUAGUCUUUGGAAGUAAUUCUAUCAAUUUGGAACAAAGUUUUUCAUUUCUUGCGAGCAAUAAUUUUCGACUGAUACUUGGAAUUGCUGACAACAUUUCAUAUGCAUAUUUUCCAUUUGCUGACAAUAAAAUGCAGAAAUUCUCUCGAUAUGGACCAUUUCCUCAGCCCUUAAAGGAUUUAAAUGGAUUUACUAUUCGUACAACUUGUGCUCAGGAAGCUCCACGACUUGCUCGAUUGACAGGCAAGAACUCUAAAACAGAAAUAUUAGGAUUUUUGGGAAAAUUAUUUCUUAGCUUUAUCAAAAAACACAAUGCAACUUUUAGAGAAAUCCUGAGCCCACUCACAAACAGAUCACUAUCACAUCGCGAGAUAAUGAAUGCAGGACAAGAAAACAGAAUCGACAUUAGUAUGAAUGGUUUUUUUCCACAAUCAAUAGGAAUCUGUAGUUAUCCAAUUAAAAUCAUCACUUCUGUGCUAAGGGUUCCAUGGAAUGGCUAUCUCGAUACCAGUGAAUUUUUUAUAAGACCAUUUAGUCCUGGAGUAUGGCUAUGUAUUGGAAUAUUUGUGAUCUAUGUCACUUUGAUGAAGAUCCUUGUCAACAAAUGCCUGGAAAAGGAUCCUGAAUACUGGUAUAGUUUCAGUACUGCAUUUUCAGCGACAUUGAUGUUAUCUCCCGAGAAAACUGUUACUAAUCAAUAUUGUUUACAUAUUCAGAUUUUCAUUUUUACUUUCUUAAUUGCAACCAUUUAUGCGAUUUAUUUUACCUCUUUUUUGACCGUUUUUAUAAAAAUCAAACAAUUUGAUACCCUUCAAGAUCUGGUUGAUCGCAAACUUCCAGUAUUGAUAGCAAGUCUGGAUUAUGAGGGUGUUAAAAAAACGAAUCCUUAUCCGAAGCAGUUUAUGGAUCUACUUGUACCAAUUGGCUAUGCCGAAUACGUGCGGGAUUUCCUUCCAAUGGCGAAUAUAUCUAUUGCCUUUGUGAUGGGUGAGGAUAAAGUGGAUUUUUAUUCUCAAAUCGAACGUUCUUUAAGGGAACCUUGGUUUCGCAAAGCCAAAGAAAGAUUGAAUAAUUUUUUGUUUAGUUAUAUAAUAACUCCACAUUCAGUAUUCGAAGAUAUUUUGAAUGAUUGUAUUUUGAAAAUACAAGAAUCUGGUUUAAUACAUAAAUGGGAUUCGGAUUUUACUUAUCAAUUUGUUGUUCAAAUACAAUCUUCAUUUGGUUUGGAGAAUACUUUUAAAGCAACGCAUGCACCUUUGAGUGUUGGACAUUUUAUGGCUAUUUGGAUUGGCUGGGCUUUUGGAUUGAUUUUGGGAUUGUUUGUAUUUGUUUGGGAAUGUUUGGGAAAUAUAAUUUAUCAAAAAAUUUUGAAAAAAGAAUAA